GGCUGCCCGGGCGCCCCCAACCGAACCUCCUGUCCGCCGCGACGUCCGACAUGCUGGGCCGCGCUGUGCUGUGCCUCGUCCUGGCCGUGGCGGCCAGGGGGGGGGCCGACGAGGAGGACCACGUCUUGGUGCUGAAACAGAGCACCUUCGCGGAAGCGCUGGCGGCCCACAAGUACCUGCUGGUGAAGUUCUAUGCCCCUUGGUGCGGCCACUGCAAGGCUCUGGCCCCCGAGUACGCCAAAGCGGCCGCAAAGCUGAAGGCAGAAGGCUCUGAGAUCAGACUGGCCAAGGUGGACGCCACGGAGGAGUCUGACCUGGCCCAGCAGUACGGCGUCCGCGGCUACCCCACCAUCAAGUUCUUCAAGAACGGAGACACAGCGUCCCCCAAAGAGUACACAGCUGGCAGAGAAGCCGAUGACAUUGUGAACUGGCUGAAGAAGCGUACGGGCCCUGCUGCCACCACCCUGUCCGAUGGUGCGGCCGCAGAGUCAUUGGUGGAGUCCAGCGAGGUGGCUGUCAUCGGCUUCUUCAAGGAUGUGGACUCGGACUCUGCCAAGCAGUUCUUGCUGGCGGCAGAGGCCGUCGACGACAUACCCUUUGGGAUCACUUCCAACGGUGACGUGUUCUCCAAGUACCAGCUCGACAGAGAUGGGGUUGUCCUCUUUAAGAAGUUUGACGAAGGCCGGAACGACUUUGCGGGGGAGAUCACCAAGGAGAGCCUGCUGGCCUUCCUGAAGCACAACCAGCUGCCCCUGGUCAUCGAGUUCACCGAGCAGACAGCCCCGAAGAUCUUCGGAGGCGAGAUCAAGACGCACAUCCUCCUGUUCCUGCCCAAGAGCGAGUCUGACUACGACGGCAAACUGCGCAGCUUCCGGGACGCAGCCGAGGGCUUCAAGGGCAAGAUCCUGUUCAUCUACAUCGACAGCGAGCACGCCGACAACCAGCGCAUCCUGGAGUUCUUUGGCCUGCGGAAGGAGGAGUGCCCUGCCGUGCGCCUCAUCACCCUGGAGGAGGAGAUGACCAAGUACAAGCCCGAGGCGGACGAGCUGACCACCGAGGCCAUCACCGACUUCUGCCACCGCUUCCUCGAGGGCAAGGUCAAGCCACACCUGAUGAGCCAGGAGCUGCCCGAGGACUGGGACAAGCAGCCCGUCAAGGUGCUAGUCGGCAAGAACUUCGAAGACGUGGCUUUUGAUGAGAGCAAGAACGUCUUCGUGGAGUUCUAUGCCCCGUGGUGCGGACACUGCAAGCAGCUGGCUCCCAUCUGGGACAAGCUGGGGGAGGUGUACAAGGACCAUGAGAACAUCGUCAUCGCCAAGAUGGACUCCACGGCCAACGAGGUGGAGGCCGUCAAAGUGCACAGCUUCCCCACACUCAAGUUCUUCCCCGCCAGUGCGGACAGGACGGUCAUUGACUACAAUGGGGAGCGGACGCUGGAGGGCUUUAAGAAGUUCUUGGAGAGCGGGGGCCAGGACGGAGCUGGAGACGAUGAUGACCUGGAGGACCUAGAAGAAGCUGACGAGCCAGACAUGGAGGAGGACGAUGACCAGAAGGCUGUGAAGGAUGAGCUGUGACAGGAGAGCCAGCUGCGCACGGCAUGGCACCUCGCAGGCUGCCGCGCUGCCCUCGGAGCCGCAGCCCCGCACUCGGGGAGGCAUGGCCGGCCCAGCGCCCGCGUGGAGCCUGCCUCUCCCUUGCUUUUCAGGUUUGGAAAGGGAUCGUCCCCAGGCAGGCUCAUCCCAGUGGGCUGCUGUUUUUCUUUUUUUAAUUGUGAUGUACUUUUUUGUACACGGUUUUUGUCCGGAGUGCUCGCUAAAACAUUUUGGAAUCUCACGCUGGUAACGUCCCCUUUGUGGUAGAGAGACCUACACAAUCGCUUAAAAAGAUUCCCUCUGGGACUCCUAGACAGUUCUCAACAUCAGGGUAUCCCGGCCUCCCUGGAGACUUGUGUCCCCGUAGGGGAGGAGCAGGGCCAGGCCGGACGCAGCCACCAUCCACCUCGUGCCAGGGCUGCCGCGGUGGGGCAGUCCUGCAUUUCUUGGUUAAAUGGAGCCUUCUGGAUCAUGCCAGGGUGCGCUCCAAUCAGGAGGGGGUGUGGUGGAUGGUGGCCCGAGGCAGGCUAGGCCUGGCACCUCUUCCGUCCCCACGCCCGAACCCCUCGUCCCAUCGGUGAGUUGGCCUGGAGCUGCGUGGCCUCCACGGGACCCAGUCCCACAGCAGGAAGGAGGCCAGGGCUCUGGGCCGAACGCACGCUGUCUUCCAGCGUUCCCACCACGACAUUGGAAUCCAACACAUUGGCCAAAUAAAGUUGAAAUUUUACUA